AUGACUUUGGCCUUCAGCGCAUUGGUUGCUGCCGGCUCGGUCGCGCUGAAUUUACCGCAUCCAGGGAUUAUUGUUGUCCUGGUCGGUUAUUUUGGUCUGCUGUUCCUGACCAGCUACCUGCGCAACAGUGCCUGGGGUCUGGUGAGUGUGUUUGCGCUGACCGGAUUUAUGGGCUACACCAUAGGUCCGAUCAUCAACAUGUAUCUGGGUCUGGCUAAUGGUCCUUCGCUGGUCACCGCGGCUAUGGCGACAACUGGCGUCGUAUUCCUUGGGUUGUCAGCCUACGCCAGAUCGUCCAAAGCCCCAGACAUGAUGCGCUUCAGCACAUUCCUGUUUGUCGGCAUUCUGGUGGCAUUCUGCAUGGGUCUGGCGGCUGUUUUCUUCCAGAUGCCAAUGCUGUCAGUAGCGGUUUCAGGUCUGUUUGUAUUGUUGAUGAGUGGUCUCAUCAUGUGGCAGACCCAGGAUAUUAUCCGUGGCGGAGAAACCAACUACAUCAUGGCAACCGUGACCUUGUUUGUAGCGAUCUACAACCUGUUCACCAGUCUGCUAAUGGGCUUGCGCCUGGGCAUUUAUGGCGCCGGCCAGCUCGGCGCCUAUCUGUGCCAGGCCGCUCGAACUCUGGGUAUGACCACUACGGUGGUCACACCUGCUGCGGACAGUCCGGCUAACGAACACGCCGACCACGUCAUUGUCGCGCCGCUGGAUGAUCUGGCAGCGUCCGAGGCGCUGAUCAGUCGUGUUGAUCUGAUCACCUUUGAACUUGAAGAUAUCGCCUCCCCAGUGCUGGAUCGGCUUGCCGAGGCCAAUGCGCAGGGUGACGUGGAGGUUUUUCCAAAGGUAGAGCAUCUGCGGCUGCUGCAGAACAAGUGUUUACAGAAACGCUGGUUUGUUGAGCACCAGCUGCCCACUGCAAAGUUUAUCGAUUGUCCUGCGGAAGCAAACAUCAGCACCCUGGCCGCAGAGUUUGGCCUGCCCUUUGUACAGAAAACCCACAGGGGUGGUUACGAUGGGCGCGGUGUGCAGGUGAUCCGUGAAGUGGAUGGCGCAGAUUGUCUCUGGCCGACGGCGACAAUUAUUGAAGAAUUUAUUGCGCCACGUCGGGAACUUGCGGUAUUGGUGGCGCGCAAUACUGCUGGUGAAGAAUCUGUUUUUCCCGUUGUCGAGAUGGACUUUAACGAACAAGGACACAUCCUCAGCCACGUCCUUUCACCCGCAUCCUUACCUGUCGAAAUUUCCAGCGAGGCACAGCAGAUAGCUCUGCAGUUUAUCCGUCAGCUCAGCGGUGUUGGUCUGUUUGCAGUCGAGAUGUUUCUACGCAACGACAAAGAACUGUUGAUCAAUGAAGUUGCACCACGUGUUCAUAAUUCAGGCCACCUCACUAUUGAAGCCCACCAGACUUCACAAUACGAACAACACCUGCGUGCAAUUGCAGGCUUACCAUUGGGUUCUACCAAGCAAAUGGAACCUUCAGCCAUGGUCAAUAUCCUCUACGAUAAUGCUAUUGAAGCAGCCUGCGCGCGCGGGCAUGGCGUUAUUGCUGCCGGGAACAAUACAAAUGUGCACUGGUAUGGUAAGAAGGGCACGCAUCUGCUCAGGAAGAUGGGCCACAUCACAAGCACUGCGCAAUCCAUAGAAGAAGCUCAGCAAAAUGUCGAUGAGGCGCUCGCCGCGUUGGCAUCCUGA